AUGAGAACUCAGUUCUUCCCAAUCGUAACGUUUGUCCUGAUCUCUUUGGUUUCACUUUGUGUAAACGUUAGUGCUAACCAAGGUAGGUUAUACAUUUUAAUUUUCUUUUUACCUAAUAUAGUGCAUUGGAAAGGGAUUCCUUGCUGCAUUUGGCUUUUAUGUUACCUAGGCACCUAAGUGGUCAUUGAAAUCAGCUGGCAAUAUUUGCAGGCUUUUUUGUUGCUCUGAAAACUCGAGAAAGCGCAGCGCUCUAGCAUGGUUGGGUAUUUCACAUGUUCACUGCGUUUCACUUAAGUAUUUUUUUUUUUUUUUUUUUUGGGCAACAUAAAAAAAGCGUUUGGAUUUGAUAUUUACAAAUUUGUUUUUUUUUUCCAAUUGAUUUCCCCUUGCCCUCUUUUUACAUUUUAUUUUUUAUAUCCAUCCCCUGUUUUAUUGUUUUUAGUUUUUUUUUUUUUCUUAAAACUUCUGAAAUCUCUGCUCUUUUUGCAUUUUUUGUUUUUUCUCUUUUUUCUUUGUUUUUCUUUAGUUUUUUUUUUUUUUUUUUUAUGUGAAUAAUAAAACGACGGCUUGGAAUCGAGAUAUCUCUAUUAUGUUUUUGUUGCCGACUGAUUCCCCUUUGCCCUCUGUGUAACUCUAAACUUACAUGUACAGCCCAGUAUUACUAAGGUCUUGUAGUCAAUUAACCUCUUCCAGUGUUAUAUCCUACCUUCUUGAUUCAGAAGUGGAACAACAAGUGGCUUCAUUUACCCCGAAAUCAUUUACUCACCAAAGAUUGAUCAGGCACUUUUGGCAGAGAAUUAUAGGUGGUAACGUAAAAACCACCCAUAGCCAAAUUUGUUGUAUCACGCUGCGCAUUUGCAAACUUUGAAUGGGUUUUCCUGUUCUGUCAAUCAUUUGAUCCAAUGAGUCGGGGCAAAGUUAAUGCAAAUCACAAUGCAACACACUCGCUCUGCCUGGCCUGCAAAAACAAUACUGAGAAUGACUCGAAUAGCAACAGAAAUCGUGAUGAUGAGUGGACUUUUUGUCAAGGGCAGGAUGCAGACAUUGCUUUAUUCUUGCAAGAGACAAGAAUAAGAAAGAUCAGAAAAAUCUUCGAAGAAAACUAGUCGAUUAUUGCCUGAAACAGGGCGAUCAAAAGCAACGAACCUUGAAACACAGAAACAAAAAAGGGGAUCGAAAUGCAUCAAUGACAAGUAAACACAUGUUUUCUAAGAGGCCUGCUAAGAUGAUUGACAGUACAGAAAAAACCGAAAUUCCUUUGAAGUUUGGACAACGCGCAGCGUAAUACAACGAAUUUGGCUAUAAGCCCACUCAAACACUUUAUAACCUUACUGCACUUUUCAAUAACACAUGCAGGCCAUCUGAUAUCACGCAAUGGUACGAUUUCGCACAAUUGACCUCAAAUCACUUCCGAUCGCUCAAUUUGAGGAAAAUGGCAUAAUUCGUAAAAAAAAUUUAUACUGAAUUCAAGUAAAGUAAACAAUGAAUUCUAUUUCAAUUAAACAUUUGAACCCAAUCUUAAUGUUAUUUAAGGUGAUUUACCACUAAAGAAAGUCUUGCAAGACAUCCAAAACCAUCGAUCGCAGUACCUGGGCAGCCAUUUUGACUUCAGAGACAAGCAGUGUGGUCAGCAGUGUAAUGGCAUCAUGUAAUAUUAAGCAUGUGUCUUUUUUCUUUUCCGGGUCAAAAUAAUCGAACAAAUUUAACUAAUUUGUUUUAUAAUAGAUGUUUUAUUAUUCCUUUACAUUCAAAUUGCCAGUUAAACAACAUUAAAGUGGUUUUUCUGCUUUGAAACCUGGUGAGACGAUGUAAGUUAGCCCUGAAAAAAUCGGAUAAUUUAUUGCAUAAUAGUCCUAUCUUAUCGUACAAUCUACCCUGAAAAUAUCGCACAAUUUCUGAUUUUUUAUCGCACCCUAUCAGAUGGUCUGCACAUGAAUUCUGCACUUUAAAAGCGAGCUUAUAAUUAUUGUGUUUUUUGCUGAUGCAAAAAUUACUACAAUCACAAGUAACGAACAACAAAACCACAAAAUGUAUAAAAAUUCACCAAUCACAAAUUUUAAACCAUGACCUUUUGAACUUGUUGAUGUAAACCUCUGUUUUUUGAGAUUUCUGUUAACCCAUUCGCUCCUGGAGAUUUUGCCGAAAAACGCGUUUUGAAGCUAGUCGAGUGGUUUUCAGGUCACUGUCGUGCUAUAAAGAGCUAAAGCUUACCAGAAACCGGUUUACAGGUCGUACACUUCGUGGCCUUCUGAUCCAGAUGCAAAAUAUCAGCUUGCGAAGUUCGGGCAUGCGCAGAAAGCAAAAUUUCGAGAUAGUUUUUGGGUUUAAAAGUGACACAGCAGUCUAGUCACGUGGUUUUUUGCUUGUUUCUCCGGUGUCCUUGACUAAAUUGUGCUCAUUCUGGUAUGGUUUGAAAGAUCUCUUCACUCUGCACAAGUUAGCGAAGAAAGUUGUCCUUGACCGUUAAAACUGAUGACUUCACAAUGGGUAGAAAGGACCU